AUGUUUGUGGGAAUUAAGCAGGAAAGGCCGUUUAUAAGUAUUGAGGGAAGAAGAAGAAGAAUGUCUGUGCGUCUUUACAACAUUCUUUGCAUGCUGACUUUGGGAGGGCUCUACAUGUUGUGUAGGUAUCUACCCCGGGUCAAGCAUUUUCUUCUUAGCUCUCCUUGCAGCCUUUUGGAUGCAGAUUGCGCCAUAAUAACAUCACAGAAUGGAAAAGAAGAAUUUGUUGAUGUUCUUUUUUACGAUACGGCCGGAAUUCCCUCGCUUAGGAGAUAUACAUUGGGGGGAAAGGCUCGUGUGAUAGACUCUCAGUUUUUCCGGUUUAUAUAUGACGUUGUUUUAGGGAAAUUUGUUGUUCCUCCAGAGCAGAAGCAUCCUUCAGGGGAUUUUGAAGAGUUCUACAGGACAGAGGUUUCAAAGUCUCUGGAGACCGAAAGGAUAGAGGGCGUACAAAGAAACAUAUUCUAUGGGAAGAACAUCACAAACCUCCCUAUCCCCAGUGUUUCAAACAUAAUUCUGAAGAAUAUACUCAGUAUUACAUUUCUGUCAAAUGUGACAUGCCUAUUUGUAUGGAAGUUCAUUGAAUACACCAGCUAUGCAUUGGUGAUGGGGGUGCUUAUGGUCUAUUCGUUUGUGUUUACAAACUGGGAAGAGAUUCUACAUUCGAUCAAUAUGAAAAAGCUUAUGAAGAAGAGAAUGGUCCGAAUACUUCGAGGAGGGAAAUUUAUGGAAGUAGACAGCCGAGAAAUAUAUCCUGGAAAUAUAAUGUAUAUUGAGCCGUGCAAGGAAUUUCCUUGUGAUGCUCUUGUGAUUCUUGGGGAUGCUAUAACGAAUGAGUGUCUCCUUACGGGAGAGGCGGUUCCAAUAUACAAGAAUGCCGAGCAGCUUUCCACAGUAUACUCGGGAACAGAUGUUUUGAAGAGUAUCAACACAAUGCCGAUAUUCAACAGCUUGAGAAAUGAAAAUCUUUGUAGGGUUAGAAGUCUUACGGGUAAGAAUAAACCUCGGCUCUCUGGGGAGGUUGGGUCUAUAAACAUCCCAGAGAAUUUUGCUAUUGGAAUGGUACUUAGAACGGGUUUCCAGACAGCACGGGGGCAAAUUCUAAAGAAUAUGCUUGACUCAAGACCUACUCGAAACCGAUUUAUAAGAGAGGCAGAAAUGAUAAUCUUCAGCAUAACCGGGAUUGCAAUUAUUAUUUCUAUUGGUAUAGCCUAUAUGCUCAACAUUAUGGGCUUCAACAAGACCAUGAAUCUUGUAUAUAAUCUUGAUCUGUUUUUCACACUAGCAAAUCCUGCUCUUCCAACGUACCUGAAGCUUGGGGCUCAGCUAUGCUACAGAAAGCUGAUCAAGAAGAACAUCUACUGCAACAAUCUGAGUAAGAUUCAUCUUGCCGGAAGAGUGGACACAGCAGUUUUUGACAAGACAGGAACGCUGACGUGCGAGGGUCUUGAUCUUCUUUGCAUCGACGAUCUCGAGGAGGCCGUAGAUGAUGUUGAGAAAGUUAGCAUCCUGACCAGAAUUGGGCUAAGCACAUGCCAUCUAGUGUAUGAGUUGGAUGGAAGGUAUUCUGGAGAUACUCUUGACUUGAAGAUGUUUAUUUUUUCUUCAUCAAAACUUGUUCAGAAUGAGAACACACGGAGUGUAGUUAUUGGAGGGGAUAGUAAGAUUUACGGGCCCAUUCUGAAGGAGUACAACGACAGUGAAGAAAUGGUGUAUUAUCAGAAAGAUCGGAUCUAUGGGAGCAAGUUUGCUGUUGGAGACACAAACACUUAUGAAGAAGACAAGGACUUUUCCUCGGUAGUCCUUGAUACUGACGAGGUCAACAGAUAUGGCUUAAACAAUUGUACUGAAGAAGUAAAAGGAGACAAGAUCAAUGCGGUGAUUAUGAAGACUUACGAGUUUGAUUCGAACAUUAGAAGAAUGAGUGUAGUGGUAGACGAUGGAAGUAAGAGGUAUGUAUUUACAAAAGGAUCUCCAGAGUCGAUCCAGAAGAUUCUGAAGAGCAGCCCAAAGGAAUAUGAAGAGAAAGUUAAGGGGUAUUCCUUGGCUGGAUACAGGGUGAUAUCAUUGGCAUACAAAGAAAUAAGCAAAAGCAUUGAUAGAGCUACAGAUGAGUCUGAGAUGAUGUUUCUUGCUCUCAUAGUGUUUUCAAACAAGCUCAAGGAGAAUUCCAGAAGAACUAUUGAGGAGCUUAAUGAGGCAGGCAUUAGAAGUAUCAUGUGCACAGGGGACAACAUACUAACAGCCAUAUCGGUGGGCAAAGAGUGUAAGAUUGUUGAAGGAUUUGUUCCGGUGAUAUUUCCUGUUAUUGAGGAGAAUGCAAAAUCCAUUUUUGAUGUCGACUGGCUUUGUGUUGGAGAUGAGGAGGAAUUUACUUUCGAUAAGGUGAGGUUGAGUCUUUACAGGGGAAACGACAGGGUAUCCAACAACGAGUUUGUUGUUGCAUGCGAAGGAAGGGAGUUUGACUUCUUCCGAAACACUCACUACUUUCAGUUUAUUCUUGAGAAAGGAGCUAUAUUUGCACGCUUCAACCCUGGACAAAAGAAGGCCCUGAUAGAGAAUCUGAGGGCCAUUGGAAAGAUCACAAUGUUUUGUGGAGAUGGAGCAAACGAUAGCGGAGCUCUUAGCAGUGCUAAUGUCGGCCUGGCUCUAGCACAGAACGAAGCCAGCCUGGCAGCGAAUUUCACUUCCUCCGACAUAGGAUCUGUCCUGGACCUGAUAAAGGAGGGACGCUCGGCGUUUGUGACGUCGACUGCCACAUUCAAAUAUGUUGUCUCUUCCUGUGUGAUCGGUUAUGUAGGGCUUCUUUUUCUUCUCUUCAAGAGAAACUUUCUGAGUGAUUUGCAGACAAUGCACACAGAGCUGUUUGUCUCGGUCCCUGUUGCAUACAUGCUGACAUGUUUUAACACAUCCGAUAAACUGUAUCCAAGGCGCCCGGAUAUAUUUCCUUUAUCAAAGAAGGAUUUCAUCCCGUUCUGGCUGACCAUAGCAUUUGAAAGCUUAACCCUUCUGGUCUUGUCCCGAUACGGGGAGUCUAGCCCUGUCAUGAACGACCAGUCCAUUGCAUCCGAGCUAGUGUUUUUUGCCAUGACAUUUAUCUAUAUCCUCAACGGGUUGUAUCUGAGCGACUGUUCUCCACAUAGACAAGAGUUAAGAGACAACUUACUAUUCAAAAGCUUUACCUGUCUUUCCCUUCUAGUGACCAUGGGUCUCCUGAUGACGGUGUAUCUAUUUCCAAGAUGGACGUCCUGGUGGCUGAGUAAAUACAAGUUUGUAGAGACAAAUGGGUUUGAAGUAGGAUUAGUUUUGAUCUCUGUAUUAUUGACUACUGUUGUGAUAUUUGUUGUGCAGCCUCUGAUAGGUGGGAUGCUUGGGGGAAAAAAGAUAGGGAAAAGUAAAGCUGUGGAUUCCGAGGAAAAGAUAUAG